AUGCUCGCCAAACUCCUCUCGGCCGUCUUGGUCCUCGAGCUUGUGCUCGCCAGUCCGGUGCAGGACCUGCAAAGCCUGGAGAAGCGCUGCACGGCCGUCGGCCAGUCGUGCCGCAACGGACAGACCUGCUGCGCGAAUUCGGCCUGCGCCUACACCAACUCCAUCUGCACCGCGUUCGGCUCGGCCGGCCAGUACUGCGGCAACGCCGUGCCGUGCCAGGCGGGCCUCGCCUGCAGCACGUCGGCCUACUGCACGCCGUACGGAAAGAAGGGCGCGUACUGCGGAAACGCGGUGCCCUGUGUAUCGGGUCUGAGCUGCCUGUGGCCCAGCUACACGUGUGGUUGA